AUGGACUCAGAUAGCUACAGCGAGGCUGGCCCUGAGCAGCCCUCCCGUCGCAUGCCACGACGUGCAGCCAAGCUCAAGGAACCCGUUCGUCUCACCCGAUCAGCCGUGGUACACAUGUCGCAGAGCUCCGCUUCUGACGCGCAACCAUCAGAAGACGAAACAACACGUCACGACAUUUCCUCCUCCCAUGAAGACGAUACCGGAGAUGAAGAUGGCAAUUUCACCAUGGCACAUUCUGGACAGAAACGCAAGAAGACAUCGCACAUCCUGACUGCCGCCUCCAAGCGCACUCGCCGAUCGAAUCCCUCUGGCAGUCGACCUCGAUCAUCUUCAGCCCACCCGUCUAGAGGACGCCCUGGAAGACCAGCAGUAAGGUCACCUGCCAAGAAGAGCCAUCAGGACGUUGGUGAACAGACUACAAUCGUCGUGCCUGGCGAUUGGCAACACUUGCCCGCACUGGUUUGGGAGAACAUAUUCGAUUUCGUCGCAAUUCCAAUCAGUGACCCUACCGCUCGCAAAGAAGAUAUUUCUAUAGCAAUACGAACACUUCGUAAUGCAACCAAAGCUGGCAGACCCCUUGUCGAACCUGCCAUUGCCGCACGAUAUAGAUGCAUUCAUCUAGAAGACUUCGCCAGUGCUCAAGAUUUAAGCAGGAUAUUAGCUAUCGAUCCAGACCAAACGGCGCUGUAUAUCAGAUAUCGAUCCAAGAUCAAAUCGUUGCGCAUUGAGGUGCAUGAGACGUUGAGCAAAAGAGUUCAGGGUCAAUAUGUGACAUUAUGGGAACUAAUCCGGAACCUGCCCACCCUCGUGGAUGUCGAGCUAUACCAUAAGACUGAUCUGUCUUACACGAGGGACGAUUUGGAGAAAACUGUCCGAUGGAAAUAUCCCGACGAGCUACUUGAUGCUCUGGCAUUCGUGCCAGACAAGGAUCCGGCUAACGAUUACCGCAAAAAAGAACCCACCAAGUUGGAAAGCUGGACGUGGAGCUCGCGCCUCGCCAAUGAAUCGUAUUCCUUAGAGAAGCUAGUGGCAAUUCAUCAGACGCCCAGCUUCGCCACCCUGCGAAAGAUCAAAUUCAUCAACUACCAAGUACCCUCUCUCAGUACCAAAGUUGAUGAUGAAGCCGCCAUGGCCAUGGAUUUGCCGGAGAUUCGGAAACUCGCAACGGCUAUAAGUGCAUUGCCCAAUCUCGAACACUUGGCCUUCAAAUCCUCGACAAUGGUUAACAACUCGCUGCUGAGUCUUCUGCCGAAAACUCUGAAGCAUCUUGAACUCCAGGAUUGCUACGAUGUGACUUCGGAUGCUCUCCGAGAUUUCCUGUUGGCCCACGGUCACUGGAUCCAACAAUUGACUCUGGACCAUUGUCGCGGCUUAAAUCUAGACUUUCUCACAGUCUUGAAAGGAGCCUGUCCAAACUUGACUCAUUUGAGCAUGGACAUGACAUACCACAGGUAUAUCGAGAGUUACCCGGAUAACGAGCCCGAGUACAAGGUGCUUCUGGGGCCGGGCCAGGUCCCUACGUGGCCGCCAACACUCCAGUAUCUCAACAUCCAGCCCAUGCGCUCGUGGGGACCAGCCGUCCUCGAAUCAGCCACAACUUUCUUCAGAAGCUUGACUGAUAGCGCAUCGGAUCUUCCCCACCUCCGUCAUAUCUCACUCAAGCUCAAGAUCAAUGCUCUACGCAAUGAGCGUUACAAGUUCAAGAGAACCUGGAUUCCAAAGUUUGACAACAUCUUCAAAAGAACUUGGGAAGACCCGAAGCCGCAGCCCCGUCGCAGAUUCGUUAUACCGAUACAGACGGUCAGCCGUAGUGAGAGUCGAAACAGUGACGUGACCCCAGCACGACGGAGUACCCGCAUCGCAGAGCGACCCCCAACCCCAACCCCGACUAGUCCUGCGGACGAGGUGGCCGAAUCCAGCAAGCGCGCGAGACUGAACAUGCUCCGCGUGCGGAAGGAGACCCGACGUCUGAGACUUCCUGGCAAGAUGUACCAUGCCGACAACGAGGAAAGUGAGGACGAGCUUUCAAUGAAUGAUUCUGACUUCACACGAGUCGUUCCGAUCUUCAAACAACGUCUCUGCGACGUUGUUGAUGUUCAUAUCGAUAACGGCACCGUAACAGAAUAUCAGUUUACCGAGAAUGACUUCCUCGACACGCCCAAUGACACCGAGGAUGAGGAUUACCAAGAUUGA